AUCGGAGGAAUGUUUUGGUUGCCUUGGUUCCCUGUAAUGCGCCUUCUACCUCUAAUUACAUUAUCCAUGCUCUUGUGACGUUACCAAAGAUAUCCGCUGCGGGGGGCUGUGAAUGGACAGAAUCGGCCGUUGAAAAAGCACCAAGAAAGCGCAGUUUUGCGAGGUUGAGAACUCUAAAGACAAGAUACAUUACGUACUUGGUUUCUAAUACUUUCGGGAAUAAUGUACGCGGUGUAUAUAGGCUAAAUUACUAAAUAUGUGAAUGUUUGUUUUCGGACAAAGGGCAAACGCCACGAGAGAUCAUGUUUGAAGUAUUGCCUACUGUGAAAUGUGAAUCAGCUGGUUAUCAGCAGAAAUAAAUCUGCAGAUAUUGAAUAGUAUAUUGUAUCUGGCUAUCGUAGAUACGUUUCAACGACAUGGUUUGUACACAGUACGUGUUAUUUGGGGUUUGAUCUACCUAGAUACUUGCCAUGAAAAUAUAUUCGACGCCGUGGUCAGGGAAACGGACAAGUGGCGUAUGGAAGAGGGCAAUAUUAGGGUAUUUUACCUUGUACUUUUUUACUGCUGUGUCAGCACGUAUUUAUACAUGGCGAGUUUUGGAAGAAAGUAAACGUGGCACGAUUGUUGCAAAUUUAGGUCGAUAUACAAAGAAUUUCACAAACUAUGAAUUGGCUAUUUCAAGCGAGAAUUUCGUAUUUAACAAGUCAUCAGGCAAUGUAAACACGAAGAAGGUUAUUGACAGAGAUGUGUUGUCAAAUCAGUGUUUGAAUGGUACUGAACUUGAAACAGUUCAGUUUCGUUCAACAAAGAGUGGGGAAGAUGAUAUUAUUGCUAAGGUUUUAGUAUAUGAUAUAAAUGACAAUUGGCCACAGUUUACUUCAGAUCUUUAUACAAGGGCAAUUUCUGAAGAAGUUGAUCCAGGAUUUAUAGUUCAAAUUCCAACUGCCCAAGAUAAAGAUUGCGGAGUAAAUGGGACAGUGAAAUAUACAAUACUGAAUUCAGAUUGUUUUCGAAUAUCUUCAAACCAAGAAUCCUUGCAUAUAAUUUUGGAAAAAAGACUUAAUCGAGAAUCGAGAGAAAUGCACACUCUAAAUAUCACAGCAUGUGAUCAAGGUAUUCCAUCAAAGUGCAACUCCACAAUAUUAAAAAUCACAGUGACUGACUUCAAUGAUAAUAAACCAAUGUUUCAUAAUUUAAAGUCAAGAGUGCCAAUUAAAGAAAACUGUAGUGCUGGCAAAUUCAUCUUAGCAUUGAAUGUCUCAGAUAAAGAUAGUGGAAAAAAUGGGCAGUUUACAUUGUCUGUGUCUGGUACACCAGAGUAUAGUAAGCUCUUUGAUAUUAACUCUAACCAUGAACUUGUAUCAACAACAUGCUUGGUAUAUGACAAAAAUAAACCAUAUAUUGAUAUUGUAAUUAAAGCUGAAGACAAAGGUGUUCCUGUUCAACAUAGUUAUGCUUCCAUCCGGAUUGAUGUCGUCGAUGUAAAUGAUCAUACUCCUGUACUUUCUUUUCAUCGUAUAAGAAAUGUCUCUGAAAAUCAUAAUGUAUCAUUUCUGGGUAUACUUGGAGCAUCAGAUGACGAUGUUGGUGAAAAUGCAAAUGUAAGUUUGAAAAUCAUCGAUGGAAAUCCAAAUAAUCAAUUCUAUUUGGAAAGAAUUAAUAAUCAGAAGUUGUUCUAUUUAAAAUUAAGAGGAACAUUAGAUCGUGAGAAAGUGGCUGUAUACAAUAUCGCAAUUCAAGGAUCAGACAAUGGCAAUCCACCUCUAACAUCCUAUAUCAAUGUAGUCAUACCUGUUCACGAUGAAAAUGACAAUUACCCAAAUUGUUCAUUCCUAAAAGAUCCCAUCUUUCUUUCUGAAGCUUUACCAAUUGGAUCAUUUGUAACUAUUGUGCAAGGUGAAGAUAGAGAUAAAGGAAAGAACAGUGAACUGAAAUACAGUUUUGCUCAUCAUAGCACCUCUUCUUUGUUUAGCAUUGUCAGUAGUUCUGGAUUGAUUACUACAGCUGCCCUUCUGGAUUAUGAAAUGCAUACAUCAAUUACAUUGCAAGUGAAUGUUGAAGAUAAUGGUGAUGAAAAACUGUCAUCAUUUUGUCUAUUGAGCAUCAAUAUAACAGAUGCAAAUGACAACAAACCUUUAUUCACAAACACCACUUUUAUCCUCAGUCUUUAUGAGAAUGCUGCUAAUUAUUCUGUCGUGGCAAACUUGACUGCCUUUGAUGCCGAUGCAGAGAAGAAUUCUGAGCUAACAUUUAGCAUGUUGUCUCCAUCACCUAUAGUUGAAGACACAUUGAAUAUAGAUAGGGCCACAGGAGCAAUACACACUCUAAUGCCAUUAGAUAGAGAAAGUUGUGACUUUUAUCACUUUACAGUUCUGGUUCAAGAUCAAGGAAAUCCAAAAUUAUCAUCAACAGCAGCUGUUGAAUUGAGAAUUUUAGACAUCAAUGACAACCACCCAGUGUUUUAUCCUAAGGAGUAUUAUGUGAAUAUUCAAAGAAAUCAAACUGAUGCAUUUGUAGUCAAUGUUACUGCUGAAGAUGUUGAUAAAAAUGAUAAUGUCUUGUAUGAAAUCAUUAUUAAAGACCCAUCAAAAGCCUUAUUCAAUAUCAGUAAGGAAACAGGAAGUGUUACUUUUGCAAAAAUCCCUCGUCUAGAUGCAAAUGAUGUGUUUACUUUGGAUUUGAUCGCCAGAGAUAAUCAAGGACAUGUUUCAAAUCUUUCAUUUAUAUAUAUCACAGUCAUAACAUCUCAAGAUGAUGUACCUCAAUUUGAAAAUGAACUGUAUAAUUUUGAUGUCAAGGAGAAUACCCAAGCCAAGACUUACAUAGGAAAAGUCAAAGCAACAUGUAAAACAUGUAAUGACAUCUUAUACAGUAUUCACGGUGGUGAUCAGGAGGGCGUAUUUUUCAUUGACAAGCGUGGUGAAAUCAGAACAUUGGGUGAUGUUGAUUAUGAAAAACAAAGUUCGUUUAAGCUACAGGUUAUGGCAAGGACACAGAAAAGAAGAGUGUUAAUUGGUUGGGCAACUGUAGUUAUUGUUGUGGAGGAUGUGAAUGAUAAUCCACCAAUGUUUCAAAACCCUCAAAAAGUUAUAAAAGUGAAGAAUACUGCUCCUGUUGGUUCAGUUGUGUGUAUAUUAACAGCAUUAGAUCCUGAUUCUGGCAAUGGGGGUAUUUUGAAGUAUGAAAUUUUCCAUGAUAGUCAUCAGUUAUUUUCUAUUCUUGACAGUGGAGAUGUAAUGGUUGCAAAAGAUUUAUCUCAAGGCCAAAAUAAUUCAGCUAUGAUAACUAUCAUUGUAUCAGAUUUUGGUUUUCCACAACUAUCCUCGGUGCUAAAUCUCACAAUUGACAUUAUUAAAGAGAAUAGUCAACCUCCGUAUGUACAUAAAAAUCAUGGUGUAAUUUCGUUGCUAAGAGAUACGCGUGUUAACCAACAGUUUUUCAAUGUAACAGCGUCAGAUCCAGACGGUGAUGGUUAUGCCUAUGGUAAAGUAUAUUUUCGUAUGUUUGAUGAUGAUAAAGUAUUAGACUUAUUUGGGAUAUUUCCUGCAGGAAACCUGUAUGUCAAAAAGUCGUUGUUCCUUACCAGCCAAUCAAAUUUUUCAGUAAGAAUAAUUGCGACAGAUGCAGGAGAACCCAAGUUGAACUCAACUUCCCAGAUACACAUCUCUGUAUUACAAAUGCAACAGCAUGAAAAGCUGUUUCGGACAGAUCUUUUCAGGUUCUACGUCUUUGAAAAUGAAAACUCUGGUACUGUUUUUGGAAAGCUGGACUUUGUGGCGAAGUUUCAAAAUUUAAACGUGGGUUUGGUAGAAGAAAAUUCAUAUUUUGCUUUUGAUCAUGUGACUAAUGGAAUUAAAACUAAAAAGAGUAUUGACCGGGAAAAGUUUAAACUUACAACAGGCAGUAAUGAUCUUGUACUUUAUGCUAAAGCAUCCCGCAGAAAUGAUUUUGGAUUACACACCAUUGAUCUUUCAACUAUUGUCGUUCAAGUAAAAGACAAGAAUGACAACGUACCGGUGUUCAGCCAAUCAAACUAUGUCAUAAAUAUUGAGGAACUUGAAAAGGUUGGAACAGUCAUCCUUGAAUUAAGAACUCAUGAUAACGAUGAAGGUGAUAACGCCAAGGUUAAUUACACUAUAGUUAGUUCAUCUCUAGCAGGGGCAGUUGUUGUUAAUGGCCGCGGUAUGGUUAUUUUAAAUAAACAGCUGGAGGAAAGAACUAUAUCCUAUUUCAAUUUCUCAGUGCAAGUUAUGAAUAUCGCGCCACCAUAUUUUAACUCAUCUUGCUUUGUUGAGGCCAACAUUCUUGAUGUUAAUAACAACGAACCACGAUUUGCGGAAUCCUUCAUCACGAAGAAUAUCAGUGAAAAUUCUCCUAUUGGUCGAGAGGUUUAUCGUGCAAAGGCUAGCGAUGAUGACAAAGGCAGAAAUAGCCGGUUGACGUAUACAAUAACAUCAGGAAAUCAAGAAAGAAACUUUGAAAUUGAUCAUGAAUCUGGAGAAGUGAAGUUAGUGAGAAAACUUAAUUUUGAGAGAACGCAAAGUUUUGUUUUGACAAUUUCGGCAGUAGACAGUGGUGUUGUGCCUUUGUCGACAACGCAAAUCUUGAUUGUGAAUAUUACCGACGUGAACGAUAACGCUCCUCAUUUUAUGGAAUGUAUUUCAGUUCUAAAACUCACGGAAGGUGUCCAUGUUGGUUCUGCAAUUAUGCAAUGUACAGCGGUUGACAGUGACGUUGGAGAUAACGGACUCGUUCGCUACAGUAUUUCAAGACAAAAACCAACAGGUGAUUUUUUCAGAAUUGAUAGCAAUGGUACUCUAUAUGUCAGUAAACCAUUAGAUCGAGAACAGUUUCCAAUUUACAAGAUCGACAUUGAGGCGGAAGAUAGUGCUUUACCCCAGACCUCUCGAUUGACGAGCACAAGAACAAUCACAAUCGAAUUGGAAGACGUCAAUGACAAUUCUCCGAGAUUUACAUCACCUCCAGCAGUCAGCAUUGACGUAUCACGUUCAAAGGGCGACUACAUAACAACGCUAAAAGCAUGGGAUCCAGACUUAGGAUCAAACGGAACAUUCACAUUUAGUAAAGGAACGGAUAGGGACGCAAAAUAUUUCAACGUUGACGAAAGUGGUCGUGUUACCUUUGCGAUUGAACCUUCAUGGAAUAUUUUGUACGUACAAAAUGUAUCUGUGACUGAUUCUGGUGCAGAACGAAGAAAAUCAGAACAGGAACUAACAGUUUUUAUGUAUAAAAAGGGUGGUCUGUCAUUUUCCCAGGACGUUUAUAAUGCUAACAUCAUAGAAAACCAACCAGUCGGGACAUUUGUGAUUAAAGUAACAGCAGUGGCAAAACCAAGAACUGUUGAUACAAAAGUCAGAUAUUAUAUGACAAAUGAUACUAGUGAAGGAUCUCUUUCUCUUGAUACAGCAACUGGAGUAAUCAGUGUGAAGAAACGUAUUGACAGAGAAGGUAAACAUGGACAUAAAAUAAACCUCAUCAUUUGUGCAAUAGAUGUAAACAGCAAUACCUCAUCGUCAGCACGCGUUCACCUUAGGAUACUUGAUUUAAAUGACAAUAUUCCAACGUUCAGUGAUUAUGUCUACGCAAGUUCUGUUUCAGAAAAUGCAAAGAUCGGCGAUUUACUGUUGUUAGAGGCUGAUGACGGCGAUGAUGGACGAAAUGGUUCAAUAACAUACGAAAUUAUUAGUGGAGAUCAAAAGGCGGUUUUUCGUAUCAACGAAAGCACCGGACAAAUUUCUGUGGCUAAAAAUCUUGACCACGAAGUUCAGUCAUCGUAUACUCUGAAUAUAACAGCAUCCGACAAUGGUAUACCUAGCUUAAGUUCCUGGACAAUUGCACUGAUUAGUAUAAUAGAUGUCAACGAUAAUGUGCCAGAGUUUCAAAAGCGUAAUUACUCAUUCACUGUGGUAGAAAAUUAUCCAUCUGGGACCAUAAUUGGACAAACAGUUGCUUGCGAUCCCGAUUCUGGGGGCAAUGGUGUUGUUUGGUAUAGUUUGACUGGCGACGACGCACGCUUUUUCACGAUAAAUCAAAAGAGUGGAAUAUUAAGGACAGCGGUCUCCUUUGAUAGAGAAUCGAUUGAUUUUUAUCUACUCAAGGUAGUGGCCACGGACAAAGGAAGCCCAACAGCAUUUUCUUCAGUAGCCUUGGUUUAUAUAAGUAUUUUGGAUGAAAAUGACAACAAUCCAAAAUUUAAUUCAAGUCCCCCAUACAUAGCAACGGUAAAGGAAAACUCGGAGGUUGGUACAUCUGUAGUCACCAUGUAUGCGAAUGAUAAGGAUGUCGGUCUUAAUUCGACACUUAACUACGCCAUAACGGGGGGAGAUAGCAGAAAGUCAUUUCGUAUAUCUAACCGAGGAACGUUAUUCACUACGUCAAUCCUCGAUAGGGAGAACAUUGCUCGAUACAAUCUUAAGAUUACAGUACGAGAUUCUGCUGCAAUUCCCUCUCAAAGGCGUUCGUCUACAACAACGAUGAUUGUUCAUGUUGAGGACGUCAACGACCGCACACCAUAUUUUGUAUCAAACAGUGUUAUUAGUGUAAACGAAAACCACGUUUUGGGGAUACCAUUUGCCGUUGUUUCAGCAAAAGAUGAAGAUACAGGUUUGAAUGGUAAAGUGUCGUAUGAGCUUCAAGGAUAUUUGGCAAAGUCUCUCUUUCAAAUUGAUCAGGACUCGGGUAAAUUAAGCUUGAGACAAGCCCUAGAUAGAGAAACACUGGUGAAUAAAAUGAUUAACAUAACGGUGGAAGCUAAGGAUCAUGGAGAACCUCCGAAACAUAAUCAACAGUAUAUUCAGAUCAUCGUUGAAGAUGUAAACGAUAACACGCCAAAGUUUGAAUCUCAUGUAAAGUUUUUAAAUGUUUACGAAAAUAUCUCAAUUGGUAGUGAACUAUUGCGCGUAAAUGCCGUCGAUAUAGACCAAGGGGUAAAUGGAAAAGUUGAGUUUGUUAUAUCUGCAGGCAAUGUAAAUGAUACAUUCUCCAUCCACCCAAUUGAUGGAGUAAUUACCGUGAUAAGACCACUCGACCGCGAAAUCAUCGAGAAUUACCAAAUUCAAGUAACAGCUUUUGAUUUGGGUUCACCUCAACGUAAAAACUUCACCGUAGUUCAUAUUCACGUGCUGGACGUCAAUGACAAUAAACCUCGGUUUCAAAAAUCUCCAUCAUCAAAACCGAUUAAAGAAAACCUUCAAUUUAUCGAAAACGUAAUCCAAUUUGUGGCUGUUGAUGACGAUGAGGGCAGAAACGGCGAGGUUGUUUACAGUAUCCUGCAUCCUGAACGAACGCCAUUUCUCCACAUUAAUGAUACGACAGGCGUGAUUUCCUUGGUGGAGUCACUGGACAGAGAAGCUCAGUCAAGUUAUUCAGUUAUAAUUGAAGUUAAAGAUAACGGCAGCCCUGCGCAGCAUAUUCAAACUAAGUUUAGUAUUUCAGUACAGGACGAGAACGACAACAGUCCGGUGUUCAUCAAUCCAGAUCUUAAACCAAGUAUCCCGGAGGGCUCUCCUAUUGGUUCACAACUUUGUGUCAUGAAUGCUACUGAUGCUGAUUCCGGAGUCAAUGCAGACAUCUCGUAUGCGUUAGUUGAAAACAAUGGUCGAUUUCAAAUUGACCCUAAGACUGGUAGAAUUUCUACAAUCGCUGAAUUAGAUCGUGAAUUACAAGGCUCAGAAUUCGAACUUGCUGUUAAAGCAGUAGAUAAUGGCGAUCCCAAUCGAGUAACUUGUGUUACUGUAAUUGGACGUAUUGCUGAUAUCAAUGACAACCAAGCUAAAUUUGAACCCAAGACGCAUUCAGUUUACAUUCCAUUGGGAGCUCCUAUUGGGACGUUUGUUACUAUAGUUACGGCCUUUGAUAAAGAUGAAGGAAUAAAUGGACAAGUAAUUUACAAACUUGAGGACAAUUCAAAAGAAUUCUUAGUUGAACCACACACUGGUCAUGUUUUGACCACCAGAAGCAUAUCGUCGUUUAUCACCCACAGUCUUAGAAUCCAGGCUAUCAGUGUGGAAAAUGAUGUAAUGCAGGACGUAGCGAUCGUAAAUAUCACCACAAAAAGAAGGAAGAAUUUCCCUUCAUUCAACAUUCCGGUUUCUUCAUAUACCAUUUCUGAAGACGCAAAACCAGGAUAUUAUAUUCUUAAUGUAAAGGCUGGUGAGGCAACGUUGAAUAUCGAAAGUGGAGACCCUGACGAACAGUUUUCGCUAGACAUUAUCUCGAAAAAUCUGACACUGAAUAAAAAUCUAGAUUAUGAGAAAAGGAAUAACUACAGCCUGUGGUUGAAGGCAAGCUUAAGUGUACACUUUUCAACGUACACCAACUUGCAAAUAUUCGUUCUUGACUCUAACGAUAAUAUUCCGGUCUUUCGGCAACCUCAUUAUGACGCAUUCAUGACAGAAACCAACAACACAAACGCUUUUGUGAUAUGCAUCUUGGCUGAAGACAGCGAUUCUGGGGUAAAUGGUCAGGUUGAAUACAAAAUUUCUAACGAAUCUGCGUUAGAGUGGUUCUAUAUUAAUAACAGUACUGGCUGCAUCUAUACAAAUCGCAGAAUUGACAGAGAACAGAAUUCUUCUUUUAGUUUUACCGUUCAAGCAAGAGAUCAUGGCUUGCCUACUAAGACGAAUAAUGUCUCAGUGCAUGUUAAUAUUCGCGAUGCUAAUGACAAUCCUCCAAUUUUAAACAAAAUUUCGCCAGUUUACCUAUUUGAAGAUGAAUCACCAAAUUUACUAGUGACAACUGUCUUUGCCUAUGACCAGGAUGAUACUUCGACAAUUUCGUAUUCACUCAAACGAGAAGGUAACUUCAGGAAUACUUUCAUGAUCACUCCAGCCACAGGAGAAGUCAUUCUCACCAAGAAGUUAGACCGAGAAACUGUGGAACGCUACCCGCUUACGGUAUCAGCCUCCGAUGGGAAAUUUUCAACAAGUGCCUUGCUGACAAUAAUUAUAAAAGAUGUUGAUGAUAAUCCUCCAACAUUUCCCGAAUCGUCUUAUUCAGCUAAGUUCAAGGAAUUACAACCAGUGGGAAGUGUGGUAAUAAAAUUAAACAUAUCAGAUAAGGACAUCGGUCGGAAUGCUGACGUUGUGUAUUCUUUCAAGCGUACGCCAACUAGUGAAAUAUUUCGCGUUGAUUCGAGUGGAUUAAUUACUUCUGCUGCUCGUUUUCAGUUCAAGAAACCAUCAGGAGGUGACCGCAUGUCAAAUCUAUACAAUCUAACUGUUUAUGCUUAUAAUCCUAACCAUCCGUUUGCUAAACCUACUGCUACCGUUGUUGUCGAAAUAACCGAUGCAAACGAUCACCAUCCUGUAUUUGAAAGUGAUAAAAAAUAUGCGUAUAUUGCCAGCGUCUCGGCAACUGGUACUAAAGUUACUACAGUUCGUGCAGUCGACAGAUACGAUGUUGGACUUAAUAGUGAGGUGUCUUACAAAGCUACUGGUGGAAAUGGUACAAGUUUAUUUUCAGUUGAAUCUACCACGGGCGACGUCAAUGUUGCGGGCAAUAUUAAUUCUGAAAUAGAUAAGUUGUUUCUACUUGAAAUACAAGCUGUAGAUCGUGGAACACCGCCUCAAGUCUCGCCAAAAAAUAUCGCAGUUUUCAUUACGGUAACAAUAAAAAAUCAACAUCCUCCGAUAUUUACUGAAGAGAAAUACAAUGUGAAACUAAGAGAAAAUUAUGAAAUUGGAAAGGAGUUUCUCCGUGUGGAUGCGAUCGACGGCGACAGUGGCAUCAAUGGUAAAGUGAAAUACAAUAUACUCCCAGGCAAGCAGGGAAAGUAUUUUAAUGUCGAUAGCCAUACUGGGUCUCUCACAAUCGCGAAUGUGAAACUAGAUUAUGAAUUUUUAAAGGUUUAUGUGUUCGAUGUUCAAGCAGAAGAUUACGCUCAAAACCCACUGACUGAUCAAGCAACAGUAACUAUUACAGUUUUAGAUUACAACGAUAAUCCACCAGAAUUUCAGAAAUCGUUGUAUGAUGUAAAUAUUGUAGAAAACAACCAAGUAGGUUCUGAAGUUGUUACGAUAUCCGCAACUGAUCGUGACACAGUUGGCAACACCAUAACGUACACUUUCGAUGAAGAAAAUAAAAGCUUUAAAAUUGAUCAAAAUACUGGAAAAAUAACGGCGAACGUGAAAUUUGAUUACGAAUCACGGAACAAUUUCACCCUUACUGCCCUUGCAAAGGACAGUGGUGAUCCACGAAAAACGUCAGAUACUAAAGUUGUUGUUAAUAUACUGGGAAUGAACGAGUUUACACCAUACUUUAAAAAGAAGACGUAUGUUUUCUCAGUUCCUGAAGAUGCAGAUGUUGGAGAAAUUGUUGGUCAAGUUUCAGCAAUUGACCGAGACAAAGGAAUCGAUGGCCUUGUUCAGUUCAUAUUAGUAGACCCGAGUGGUCGUCACAAUAAUUUCGAUAUUGGUAAAGAUACUGGAGAUAUUUAUGUGUGCGGUCGACUUGACUUUGAAACAGUUCAUACUGUUGAGCUGACUGUUCUUGCCAAGAACCCUGUACAAAGGAUUUUGAAUGCAGAUAACACGGAUAAAACAAAUGUAAAGAUAGAAAUUCAAGAUAGGAAUGAUCCUCCCAGAUUUCUAAAAGCUUUUAUGAAAGUUUCAGUGUAUGAAGACAUCGCAGUCGGUAGUGUGAUUGGUAAUUUCACUGCCAUUGAUGAAGACACCAAAAAGGAUUUUGUAUCUCAAUCUCUUAAGUACUCAAUCUUAGAUGGCAAUAUGAACGACUCAUUUAUGCUAGAAACGUUUGGCGAAUCUGUCAGCAUUAAAACAAGUAAACAUCUCGAUCGUGAAGCUAAGGAAUCCUUUAAUUUGACCAUUGCUGCUAGUGACAUACUUGAUCAAACCUUGACUAGCCUUGCGUACCUGUUUGUUGAAGUAAAAGAUGUUAAUGAUAACUCGCCAUUUCUUAAACGAGGUAUCUGCCCUGGCCAUGUCAAAGAAGGCCUUAAAGUUGGAACUGUCGUGUUACGUUUUGAUGCGACUGACAAAGACGUAGACCCAAACAAGGAUCCGUACACUUUUAAGAUCGUGAACAAAGAGUCCGUUCCAUUUUUUAUUGAUAAGUUCACUUCAGAACUUAAAACGUCCGAAAUAUUGAACAGGGAGAAAGUGCAUCUGUAUGUUUUAGAAAUAAGGAUAGAGGACAGCGGGUACCCAAAGAAGUUUUCUGAAAGUUCAUGUGAUGUGAUUGUGGAUGAUGUGAACGACAACAGACCGUUUGGAGAUACUCUAAAUGUGCAAGUUUCUGUUCUUGCGACAGGUUUUCUCGGCGGGAUCAUUGGUGAUGUCUCUCCACGUGAUCUUGACGAGAUCAACGAGUAUACAUGCAAAGUUGAAGGGGACCGCUUUAAGGAUAUCUUUGAAUUUCGGCCCAAAACGUGCAUAUUGGACAUGAAAAAACCUCAGUUAAGAAAUUACAUCCUCAAUGUUCUUGCUGACGAUUCCCUUUACCACGUCUCGUAUUCCUUAAACAUUUCCUUUAACAGAAUUUCUGAAGUAACGAGCGAAAGAAGUGUGAUAUUAAGGCUUUCUGGAAUAUCUGCAAAACAGUUUUUGACUGUUAUGAAUAAUCUGCCUUGUGUCCCUGAUGCACAAAUUUACAGUAUACAGAAAGUUAACUCGAGCAUUACGGAUGUCCUGAUGGCUUACUUGCAAAAUGGAGCGUAUAUUUCCAGAGAUAAACUAUCGCAAAUUCUCGCAAACUGCAAAAACGCCCUGGAACGUGCAAUUGGCGCAACAGUUGUUGAUACAAACUAUAACUUAUGCUCGACGUCAGAACCUUGCAUUCACGGGAGCUGUCAAUCUCGCAUAUAUCUGUCACCAGAGAACCGCACGAGUUUGCGUUCGGGAACUGAAGUAUUUGUAUCCGCUCAUCAUGAGGCUGCAUUCCACUGUAUUUGUGAUCGGGGUUACUCUGGGGAAUAUUGUCAGUACUCCACCAAGGUUUGCGAAGGAAUACAGUGUAAGAAUUCUGGUCAAUGUGUUCCAACGGAUGAAGGUUUUUCAUGUAACUGUCCAUCUCAUUUCACCGGAAAGUAUUGUGAAACUGCAUUGGAUUUAUGUGAUCCCAACCCAUGCAGUAAAGCGUCGAAAUGUCUGAGUACUCGUGAAGGACCUGUGUGUCAGUGCGAUUUUGGAGGGAGAGGAAAAAGGUGUGAAUUGUCAAGUAUUGGCUUUAAACCACUGUCCUACAUGACGUUUCCUAGCUUGUCAAGUACUGAUGAAAACACGAAGACUAACAUAUCACUUCAGUUUGCUACAGUAGAGAGGAAUGCUUUAAUUUUUUACAAUCAAGUGGGAAAGAACGAUGGAACAUCUCGCUUCACUGCUUUAGAAAUAAUUGAUGAAACGUUGAAGUACUCGUUCAAUCUCGGUGAUGAAGUUGUCAUAAUUACCUCCGAUACGAUCGUUUCUGAUGGUAUUUGGCAUACUGUUUCUGCUGUUAGGAAUAAUCAGAGUGGAUAUCUCUUCAUUGAUUCGGAGGUCGUUUCGUCCAACGACAAAAUAACUAAGAAAAGGGAACUUCAUCUGGGAAACUCAUCAUUGUAUAUUGGCGGAGUUCCAUCCUUGGAUAUUUUAUUUUCUAAUGAUGUAUCAUCUUACGACUUUGUUGGUUGUAUGCGAGAUAUUUACUUGAAUGGCAUAGAGCUCAAUGUAACUAUGACAAUAUCAAAGUAUGGAAUUAUCAACAGCUGUCCUCGAGUACCUAAGUGUCAGGAAAUUUCGUGUCACGGAACCAGUAGAUGCAUUGAUAAAUGGUUUGAUACACUUUGUCAGUGUACGAAUGACGAGUUUGGUGGAACAAAAUGCAAUCAAAAAAUGAAACCUCUGACAUUGUCAGGUGGGACUUUACUGCGUUUUCACUUCAGUCCAAGCUUUCAGCGCCAAACCCAGUUUUUACAAAAGCAGGGUAAAAGUCGCCGACGAAGAAAUGUGAAAAAUUUUGAAGUAUUUUCAUUGAAUGUUCGAGUUAGAAAUGACGAUGCGUUUCUUUGGCGUGCUAAAAAUAACCAAGGAGAUUUUACUCAGUUACAUACAAAGUCUGGGCUUGUUCAUUUAUCAUUUGGGAACAGUGUAAAAAAAAGGAAACAAGUGAUCAUAUCAAACGUAUACGUGAAUAAUGGCUAUUGGUUUAACGUAUCUGUAACACGAGAUCCAUCGAGAAACUCUCUCGUGCUAAGUGUCAACGGCAGUCAGAAUCAUACGCAAUCUAAGGAACCAACCAUACUUCUUAGUGGAACCUGGACAUUUGGUAGUGCAAAAGCACCAGACGUUUCAGUUGAUAACUUUCAAGGCUGUUUAUCGAAGAUAAAAAUAAAUGGAGAAACAAUUUCAUUAAAUGUUAGCAACCAGUACGGUGUACUGACGCUUGAAGAAGGAAAAUUGAUUGACGGAUGUGAGUCCCCUGAUUAUUGUUCCUCCAGUCCGUGUUCUGAUGGUAGGUGUGUAAAUAACUGGCAUUCGUUUUCGUGCGUGGCAUCUCUUGACGGAAGUGACAGGUUAAGUAUCGGUGCCAUUGCCGGCAUUGUUUUUUUCUGCAUUCUGGUGAUUGCUAUUAUCGUUGCUGUGAUUGCAAUAAAGAAGAAAAGAAUAAGAAAGGAGUUUGCAGCAAGAAUAUCUGGCAGAACUAACGUAGCAAUUGAACGUGAUCAUUCUGGCAGUUCAAGUUCACUAUCCCUGCCCUCUCGUAAGACACCUUCACGACACAGUCUCAGUGACAGUGGAGUUGAUGUAAGAAACAGAAGUAGUUCUUUAUCACAUGAAAACUUGAAACAAACUGCUUCAACUGGCACAAAUGUGAUUGCACUUGGGUCUCCUGAAGAUUACACAAUUGUGGCGUCACAAAAUGACAGUGUGUCUGAUGAUAGAGACAAAGGAUUUACAGACUCGGAAAGUGAAUAUUGUAUGACGAAUCAAGAAACUAAUCUCACCAUUUCAUCUUUACCUUCUCGUGUACAAAACAGGCAGUUUAAUAGAAGACGCCCACCGUCAAAGAAUGCAUCAAUGAAAUAUGACAAGAAAGUCCCUUUCCUCACCAACCGAGGGUUUUUAAAAGAUAUGUAUGAACCUUCAAGAUCAACUUCACCCACUGAUGAGCCAGAGAGUAUAGAAAUGCAAAAUUAUUCCAAUGAUUUCGAGAAUGCAGAACAGUAUAGCAUUGGUGCAAGUUUUGCCACUUAUAGUGACUUCAACGACCCAAGUUAUAACCCAUCACGAUAUUCAGACGAUCCUAUGCGUUAUAAACCUUCUUUAGAGCGAUUUUCAGAAUCGGAUGAUUCAACUGUUGAUAGACAGUUGAACGACUUGCCUGAUACAUUUCAACCAACGGCACAUUUUGAUAAUUCCGGGGAAAGUUCAGAUGGCGAAUUUACUGCGAGUGAGAAAGAUUAUGUUCAACAGGAAGACGACGAAGAAGCUAGAGACAACAGAAUAAUUUUAGAACCCGCGCAAAUAGAUCUACAGAGCAGUAGAUCAGAGUCGUACGAUGAUGAUAGUGAUCAAUAUGACGGUGAAAUGAACGUUGAUGACCCUGUUGAUUUUAACGACAUUUUCGGAAGAAAACCAAACACAAGUAGAGAAAUACAUAUCAAACUUUAGCUGCAUUAAAUUACGAAGGUGUAGAAUUAAUUUUCUAAUCAGUUGUUAAUGUCGAAAUGUUGUAACUGUUUGCAUCUAAUGCAUAUAACGAUUUCUUUUUAUACAGAAAUUAUUGAGAAUACAUAUAUAUAUAAUAUUAUUUGAAUAUCCUCUUGUUUUGUAAAAGUAAUU